AUGAAUACAGAAGAAUAUGAACAAAUGAAACAAUAUUUAGAAACUAGUAACCUACCCCAAAGUCUAAACUUGGAAAAACAGAAGAGGUCCAUUUCCAAGAGCCAAUUCUUCGAAUGUCGAAAUGGGCUCUUAUACAAGAAAGAUAGAAGAAGUCAGUCCAAAGAAAAAUUAUUAAAAGUCAUUAAGAAAGAUGAGGUAGAAGCAAUACUCUACCUAAUGCACGAUCAUCCAACUGGUGGCUAUUUUGGUGCUGAUAAUAUGUUCAGAAAAUUAAAGAGUUAUAUUACUAGCCACAAAU